UUGUGAAGGAUGUCCGAAUACAUGUGCAAUUUAGGAGAAUAGGCAAGCGUACUUAAGACACAGACACGUCCACAAGAGGGAUUCUGAAUGCCAAUAAAUCCAGGAUCCUACAACAGCCUAUACUGAUACAGAAGACACGUGAUAUUAAAAGACGACCAAUGACACAAGGAAGAUCUCCGAAACAUAUGAAGUGAGGCCUAGGGGUCACGAGAUGUUUGGCCUUGUUAACUGAUCUGUUUACCAGACAGAAUAUCAUCUAUAAGCAUGGAGCAUUUACAGGAGCCGAUUUACAUUUGCUAUCUAAAGGACUACACAAGAAUCUGAAUGCGUCGUCAGUGACGGGACCUCAUUGUCGGAGAACCAACCACAAAGGAUAAGCACAAUGGCCUACAGGACUAAUUCCACACACAGUCCGUAUGAUAUGAUAGAACUGAAUGCGCUGGACACAUAUGAGAGUUCCUCGUCGAAUCUUGCGUUGAACGACACACACGAGGAUGAAAUAUCUACCCUAGUAGCCUUCAGCAAACGAUACGCCCCACUUCACGGAUACAUCAGUGUCUUUGUUUGCGUAUUCGGAAUAAUUGCUAACGUCGCAAAUAUAGUAGUACUUACGCGAAAAAACAUGAUAACAACGACAAAUAUUGUCCUUACCUGGCUUGCAGUGACGGAUUCCAUGAAAAUGUUGGAUUACCUGCCUUUUGUGACCUACUUUUAUAUUCUCAAGGAAGAUGACUUGGCUUACUUCGCCUCGAGGAGCUACAGUUGGAUGUGUUUCCUGUUGUAUCACGCCAGUUUUAGUAUUGUGUGUCACACUGUGGCGAUAUGGUGUACCAUUGUGCUGGCAAUCAUGAGAUUCCUCAUCAUCUGGUUCCCAGCAAAGGGCUCUAUGUGGUGCAGCCAUAGACGGGCUAAGAUAUCUAUCGCAGUUGUAUACGUAUCCGUUAUCAUUAUAUGUAUUCCAAAUUUCAUGAUGAAUACGAUGACAACCAUUCACCGAAACGUUACAGACGCACAGGGUAAGAUGUAUACGGAGAUCAUAUACCACUCAAGUGUACGGACUACGGGGGAGUUUUCCGUGGUCAGUGAUAUUAACUUCUAUAUCCAGGCUCUUCUGGUCAAGCUUGUCCCCUGUGUUACAUUGACCAUAUUCACAGUGUUGCUUAUUUACGCCAUGCACAAGGCUUACAAAAAGCGUAUAGCACUGAAAAGUCAAGGAAAGAAAGAGGACGCAGACCGCCAUCACGAACACAACCGGACCACGGGGAUGUUGCUGGCCGUUGUCGUGCUGUUCCUCAUCACCGAACUUCCACAGGGCAUGCUCACUCUUCUCAUUAUCUUCAUUCCAUCGAUUCAGCACAGUGUGUACAAUCCACUUGGAGACAUUCUCGAUAUCGUAGCCCUGUGUAACAACGCCAUUAACUUUGUGCUGUACUGUAGUAUGAGUACACUCUUUCGUGACACAUUUGUCCGAAUAUUUUGUACUUGUUGUCCGAAAAAUCGUCCAGGUUGGUCUAAGACUAAGCUCAUUACAAACGGAAAUGGAAGAAAGUAUAAUUCUACGCAUGAUGGUACGACUACCACAGACGUAUAGACUAAUGAAACAACAACAGAAGCAACGUCUGUUCAUGGUUUCAUGAACUGGAAAGUAACACACAUGGCUGCUUGGACACUUAGUAUCGCUUAAAAAGCAUUUUCAGGUUUGCUUGUACAUGUACAUACAAAUAAGAACGACUUGCGGUUGACAUUGUGACUGCCAUCGCAGUGUGAAUCUUGGAGUUUUUAUCUAUGAAUCUACGUAUUUGAAAGGCUUUAGCCCGAAUAUAGGAUAUUAUCUACCCACUAAAGGUUAGUGCAGGACAGUGUACGUGUCUGUCUCACCCGAUUGAAUUUUUAACUGAUUAUAGUCGGACUGACAUAUUUCAAGGGUUAAUGAAAGGUGAGUGGCAACAAUUCAGGAAAUUAAGAAAUGAGCCCAUGUUUUCUAUCACGAGACCGUGUGUUCCUUAAUAGAAAAUGUUUAAUAAUGAGUAAACAGACAAUAAUUUAUACAAAUAUUUAAAAAUACGAUGUUCCAGCUUCACCAUCCCCAAACAAACCACAUCCAAACAAAUUGGACCUACCAUUUCGACAACAAGAUUUCAGCUUCAUUUGUUAUUUUAACUCGGUCAUCUCGAGAUUUCUUGAAAUAUGUUCGCAAUAAAAUGGUCUUGAUUAAUAACCUUUGAACGAUGUAGACAGAGAAAUUACAAACCUCGGUAUAAUGUUUUCUAUCUUAAAAAUCUUAAAGCAAAGGUGAACACAAUUAACCGUACCAUCAUCAAAUAUGUGAAAAAAAAGUGUUGGUGUUACUCUGGUUACGCUGCAUAAAGUUAUGACGCGAUUAUGACGUAGAAUACUACCGCUUGUGAGCUGUUUUUGUCCAAGUAAGUAAGGACAUGUUAUCUUUUCAUUAGAAAAAACGCGAAUGUCCCUGUGAAGUGCAGAAGAAAUCGCGUAUGAGUAAUAGGCAUAUGACAUAAUACUUUGAAACAGCAAAGAUUUGUCCCGUUUGGUUAAGUUUCCCCCUUUUCGCCUUUGCACACGAUUGGCAAUAUCAAAACCAGUUGAAAAAGCCUUUACACAUAGCUAUAAAUGGCAGUACUGAUAUGUGUCAAAAGUAACAAGGUAUUCCAAUCUGUAUGUUAUCCGCAGUUACAAUAACUACAUUAUCAUACGUGUCCCUUGCUAGCUUUGGCAUCAGACUUAUUGUAUUGAUGAAACAUUCUCCAAUAAACAUUUGUAUAUAUAUCAUUGAAAACUGUGUCGCAUAAACUCGUCAACUAUUACAGGUAAACGAUCAGGACAGCGACCGUGUAUCACCUAUCACAAAGCUAUCUACCAUCAGUAUUUUAUCAAGUCUAUCAAAUAUUUUAAUUAUCUGAAUCCACGCGCGAUUUCCGUUCUUAUCAUAAACAACACUAUCGGAUAAUGAUAUUCCCGGUGUCUGUAUAGCGUUUAUUGUUAUCCCGGCCAAUAAUUUGUCAACAGAAUACUGCAGCAUAACAGGUACUCAUGAGUAUACAUAUUUGAGGCACACAAUGUAUACUUAAACUGUACAUAAUGAACUAUCCACAGACCGCAACGCAAGAAUGUGGACAAUUCGGUUCCAUGUAUAACACACAUCUCUCACACAACUCAUGUGUCUUAAUUGGCAGCGUUAUACUGAUAACAAAUGGCAUACAUUUAAGUUACUCAUAAAAACAAUCACAUUGCGCAAAUUGAGAUAAGUUUAAAUUCUGCAAUCCUAUUUUUCUAUUGACAAAGGGCAAGUAGACCAUUGAUUUGUAUUGUUCUUUUCGAGUAAAAGAAAGAAAACAAACACCAUAUUAUUUAUACUCAAGGGCCAAAAUCCGAACUCCAAAUCAAUACAAAAAAGGCAAAAAUAGGAAAUCUUGAUAUAUUAUAUAUAAAUGUAGGACAUUGUAAACGGAACAAAUACUGCGCCUCCACAUCUGUUCUAUUACCCAGCAUUACGCCGAGCAUAGAACAUUGUAUGUAGACCGUCACAAUAAUGGAAACUCAAGCAAUUAGUGUACAUAGCUUAUCUUUUGUAUAUUUAUUUUCAUUUUCGUGGGUGGUUUACUAUGUCGUGGUAUGCACAUUCUGGCCUGUAUCAAGCACAUCACAUUUCGUUGAUUCAUGUCAUUAUAGUAAUAAAUUACAUGGAUAUGGAAUUUCAUGGACUUUUGUAAUCCAACGAACAUUUGUGAUUUGACUCCAUCAGUCAUGCUGUAUAUACUGUUAUUUUCUUAGUUUUCGCAGAUACCUGGUUUUUUUUCCAUUGUGCUUCAAACUUCACUCGCAAAUUGUUUUUCACCAAAAGAACAAUAGCGUGCAUACAAUAAUGUAUACUAAUGCAUAAACAGUCAUUAUUAAAAGAUCAGCAUGCAAAAAUAUUGUUUUAAUUGAAUUCGUCUCUCGUUAAGUAUCUUUUUUCGAGUUAUAAAUAUGACUUAAAGUAUAUUGAUAUACAUCACACUUUCUUUAAUUAUGUAUUUCACGACCGGACAUCAAUCAAAUUAUUACGUUAGAUAUUUCAACCACCAGGUACGAAUUGUAUUGUGAUUUUCGUCAGGUGUGAUAAAAAAGAGAUCAAUUUAUCAGUUUACAGCCUUUUUGAAUCGUAAAAAUUACGUAAGAGAAGAAAGUAAAGAAGACCGACGGGAACACUUGAGAGUUAUACAAUAAUGUAACAUAUACACGUGUAAAUUUAUGUGCACAUUUCUUUGAAUUGUUAACGUUCUAGUGUUAACUUGCUGUAGCAUCAGACACCAAUGAGACCCCAGGAACAUUAACAACUCUCCGAUGAAUUACAGAUUGCAAAUCUGAGAAUGUAUCUAUGAAUUCGUGUAUCGUUCAAGAAGAUUUUGUACUGUAUCAACAUCUCAAGAAAAGGAAAAUAAAUGAGAAGAUAAAAGUUAAUUUCCCUGGGGCCGAAAUGGUAUGUAGUUUAUGUCCGUGGGUUUGAACGAGCACUAUUGUACUAACACCUGAGGACCAUCUGGGGUUCAUUGUCAUAACCAUUCACACUGUCCAUGUGCUAUUUAUGUAGAAUAAACAUGCAUAGGAAGAUUACCGGUUAUUAUGUCUUUUUUUAGUUCCAUUGAUCGUUCAAUCAUGUAGUCAUAAAAAUAUUGUAUU